CUUCCUCACUGCAGCUGCUGUGGCCAUAGGCUGGAUUGAGGGACCAUAGAGUUAUCCAAUCACCAAUGCAAGACCCUGUCCCCCAGCAGGGCGAGGAGGCCAGAGAGUGAUGAAACCCCACCAGUGUGGCUUCACUGUGCUCAGGAGGAACCAGCGAUAAGGUGUCAGUUAAAGGGGCAGUCUUCUGAGGUUGAGAGGCUGGGAGCCCACAGCAAGUGACUUGGUGCCAAGCUGAUGCAGCUUUGUUCGGCACCCAUUCUGACAGAGAAGUUGCAGCUGGCACUUCUGGGGAUGUUCACAGAGCGUAUCAAACCUCAGACAGGAGGGCCGCAGAGCCAGAGCCUGAGCCCAGCUGGGCAGUAUGGGGCCUUGGCUUCAGGUACCCGUUUGCCUUCCUCCACAUCUGCCUCCUGGAGCCUGCCCCGCUGGAGAGCAUACCUGGCUGCAGGUGUUCUCUGUUACAUCAACCUUCUGAACUACAUGAAUUGGUUCAUCAUCCCAGGAGUGUUACUGGAUGUCCAGGAGUAUUUUCACAUCAGUGACAGCCAUGCUGGUUUGCUGCAGACAGUGUUCAUCAGCUGCCUGCUGGUGUCUGCACCUGUGUUUGGCUACCUGGGUGACCGAUACAGCCGCAAGGCCAUACUGAGCAUCGGGAUCCUGCUGUGGUCAGGGGCUGGCCUCUCCAGCUCCUUCAUCUCCUACCAGUAUUCCUGGCUCUUCUUCCUGUCCCGGGGGAUCAUGGGUACCGGUGCAGCCAGCUAUUCCACCAUUGCACCCACUGUUCUGGGUGACCUCUUUGUGAAGGACCAGCGGACCCGUGCACUGACUGUCUUUUACAUCUUCAUCCCUGUUGGAAGUGGACUGGGCUAUGUGCUGGGGUCAACUGUGGCGGAGCUGACAGGGAACUGGCGUUGGGCCCUCCGAAUCAUGCCCUGCUUGGAUGCCACGGCCUUGGCUCUGCUCAUCUUGCUGGUUCCAGACAUACCCCGAGGAGCAGCUGAGAAACAGGGAGAAGGGGCUGUGAGGACUCCGAGGAGCAGCUGGUGUGAGGAUGUCAGAUACUUGGGGAGAAACUGGAGUUUUGUGUUUUCAACCCUUGGAGUGACAGCCAUAGCCUUUGUGACUGGAGCUCUGGGCUUCUGGGCACCCAAAUUUCUGUUUGAAGCUCGCGUGGUCCAUGGCCUGCAGCUUCCCUGCUUCCAAGAACAGUGCAACAGCCAGGACAGCCUGAUUUUUGGGGCACUGACCGUGGCAACUGGUGUUAUUGGUGUCAUGCUGGGGGCAGAGGCUUCAAGAAAGUACAAGAAGGUGAACCCCAGGGCUGAGCCCCUCAUCUGUGCUUCUAGUCUGUUUGCUACAGCUCCCUGCCUCUACCUGGCUCUCAUCUUGGCCUCACGGACCCUCCUGGCCUCCUAUGUGUUCCUGGCCCUAGGGGAGCUUCUUCUGUCUUGCAACUGGGCAGUAGUUGCUGAUAUCCUCUUGUCAGUGGUGGUGCCCAGGUGCCGGGGCACGGCAGAGGCCCUCCAGAUCACAGUGGCCCACGUCCUGGGAGACGCUGGCAGCCCCUACCUCACUGGACUUAUCUCCAGUGUCCUGCAGGCUGAGCGCCCCGACUCCUACCUGCAACACUUCCUCAGCCUGCAGCACAGCUUUCUGUGUUGCGCCUUUGCCAUCGUGCUGGGUGCUGGCUGCUUCCUGCUGACUGCACUGCACCUGGAAAGAGACCAGGCCCGGGCCAGGCAAUCUGGCAGAGGAACUCUGGACAACAAGGACAUAGCCAGCAGGAACACCGGAGAGCCAAGGGCUGCUAUCUGACACCAGUACCCCACAGAGUAGCCCUGAGCCCGGCUUGCAGUAAGCAGGCUCCAUCCUACCUACAUCCUGGGAGCCCCACCCAUCUUGGCUGUGACUCAGGGACCCCAGCUAAGCUACACUUGCCACUUUUUCAAUCCCCACUAGAGAGCUGCCAGGAUUGAGCUGUCACCAUCCUCCAGGGAGUCUGGGCCCUGUGUCUUCACCCUCCAGGGAGACCAGGCCCUUAUUAAAGCAUGACCAGUGCAAAGCCCUCGGAUUUCAGGGCUUCU